AUUAUAUACAUAUGCUAAGGUUAUUCUUGAACCUUGGGUUUGUAACAACAAUGGAGAGGCUAAGAGCAUCCGCAAUGGGAAUCCUUAAGGGGGAGUCCUUAGAAAAAAAAUAAUUAAAUAAUCAGUGGACCCUACCAAAAGUUAAUGAUUCAUUCCUUAAAAUUCUUAGAUAAGGAUUUUUUCUUAGUGAAUCCUUGCACUAUUUGCGGGUCCCGACGAUAUGUGGCGACCCGCGAUUGGUUGAUAUUUAUUUUUUUUAUCUAAAAAAGAAAAAAAUAAUAAUAAUAUUAAAAAAAUCAAAAUACACUUUUUCUAAGGACUUCUUUUGAGUAACACCAUUGCGGGUGCUCUAAGGAAGGUUAUUUUUGGGCUUGCGACAACAAUGGAGAAGCUAAGUAAGGUUAUCCUUGGGGGACGGGUGAGGUGUAACAACAAUGUAAUAUUAACUUCACGCAAGCCAUUGUUUGGGUUGCUUGGUGUUAAUCUUUGUAGGUUUUUUGGGGUUUUUUAAAAAAAUUUGCGGUUCCUUAAACUUGAUAAGCUGAAAAGCAUCUUGGUUUCAAUGUUCUAUAACUUGUAACUGGAUUUUUAUUAUUUUUUUAAUGAUAUUUACCCUUUAGCGAAAAAAAAAAACAAUGGAGAGUAUAUAGCCUAGUAGCUUAUCAUAUAUCUAAAAUUUAUAAAUUUAAUUUUCUUAUUUGAUUGGAUUUGUGCUGGCUGAGUACCUGAGUGUCCAUUUUUAUUAAUAUCUGAACGAUUAGCUUUAUGGAGUGCAAAAAUCACAAAAUAAAGAUAUGAAUAAAAAGUGAAUGACAUAUGAUUUAUUUUUUGAGGAUGUCUGCUAGACACGGCUACCUGCUUAGACUAUCACUUUCUUACAAGUUAACGACAUUAACAUUUCAGGUAGUUUUCUUUUUAGCCAUUUUGUUUAGGUAGGAAAAAAUUAACGUUAUUUGGUAGUCUAUCACUUUCUUACAAGCUAAUUUAGAAACUACACAUUUUUUUUUCAAAACUCUCUCACACAAGUAAAUUUUUGUUUAAAAAAAAAUAAUUUACACAAUUUUAUUUUUUUGAAAAUCUUGGUGUGAUCCCAAAAGCUUUCUAGAUCCAAAAACUAUCACUAAAAGGCCCAUAAAAAUCCAGAUUUUCUUGCCAUGGCGAAAACUCCAACGGGAACUAUUUUACCACUAGACUUUUUUUUGUCAUCUCCACUAGGCUAAUUUACACAAUUAUUGGGUGUAAUGCCGGCCCUCAGUUGUAGAAGAAUAGAAAAAGUGAAAAUGGCAAAAAUCGUGGACCUCAUGGUUCUAACUCAGGAUCUUUAACUUUUAACCGUGUCACUUAUAUCAUUAGAAUAAAAAACUUUUUAAAACGGUUGAAAAUAAUUUAUAAUAAUAAGAGUUGAAACCCCAUGUUUCUUCUAUUUCUUUCCCCAAAGACCAGACCGGAGUGUAGACCUUAUAUGCAAAUUGUGUACGUAUAGAGAAGCGAAUAAAAGAGCAUUAUAUCUUCAUUGUUCAAAGUGUCACAAAGUAUGGUCUAAUGCAAUCCUAUGUUGCAACAAGUCAUCCGGAAUGGCUGUUUGAAUUUUUUUGUCAAUGAAAUUCGUGGCCUCUGUUUUUUUUGGUCUGUGGGAUGGCAUUAUGCUUAUUUGUCCUUAGUAGAUAAUAAUCUUAAAAGGUGUUCUUAAUUUACUUCAGUGGAUCUCCAAAAAUGGGUACUUAACAUGUACUCUUGUAGAUUCGACCUGAUUCUUUAAAUAAUACUAUUAAUUUAUGUCUUUAGUUUGUUAAAUGUUUAUAUGUAGUAAAUUAUGUUUUCUGACUUGUUUCGAUAUGCAGGACGAAAAGAACUUCUUAUAAAUAGAAAGUUAUAUUUAAGAAGAUUUCCUUAAAAAGUAUUACAAAUGUAUUGAAAGUAGCAUCGUUUUGUUGUAGUUAAAUUAGUAUUUGUUCUAUUCUAAAAUAUGUAUGAUGUUUAGACAAAAUGUACAACUAUUAAAAUAUAAAAUUAAAAUUAUUUAAUUAAUUACAAAAUAGUUAAUAAAAUAUUAUUGAUUGCAUGUUUUCUAAUAAAAUUACUUUUAAACAUCAAAAACUAUCUUAAAACCUUUCGAAACAUUUUACAUUUUAUAACUUAGGGAGUAUUAUCUAAUCAAAGAAAAGGUAGUAUAGGUACAAAAAGGUAGUAAUAUAUUUCGGCUACAUUACGUAUAUACACUAGAUUUCGUAAUCCACUUUUGUAAAGGUAUCCGUAUAUCGUAGAUCUCUGUGUUGUCGUCUUCUUUCUAUUAAGCUUUUACUAUAUUUUUAUUAUUCACCUUUUUCUUCUUCUUCUUCUUCUUUGUUGUUGUUUAUUUUUUAUUUCUUGAGUUUAUUUUGGUUACAAAUGCGUUAUUCUUGUUGGACUCCGGAGCAAAUACAACGACAAAGGAAAGAAAUUUAUAUUUUCGGGUAGUAUAUAAAGAUAUUCUUAUUACCAAAAAAGAAAAAGAAAAGUCAAAUUAAUUAGUUUUGGUGUCAUUAUUAUUUAUUUUGUUGUCAAGUGAGGUCAUUAUUAUUAAUUUAUAUCUAAUGACUCAUACACUCAGACUCUACGACCUUUCCAUAAACUCCAUUGACUUUUUUUCUAAUUUUCUUCUGACCAUCGUUUCAUUUUCAUUUUACUUCGCUUUAUCUUCUCUUUCUCAUGUUUAAACACUAAGCUGUUUUUCUCCGCCCGAGUUUCGACGUCUUGAUAAUAUAUCACUUCCAUACAAGUAAGCUCGUUGAGGUGUGUUCAAAUGGCUGAUCUUAAAGAGGGGAAGCCAGUCUCCUCAUCUUCAUCAUCCCCAUCAUCAUCUUUGUCACUAUCAACAAUGCAAAUAGAUGUAGAAAUGUGGAAGAUUGCUGAGGAAAGGGCUCAGGAGAUACUAAACACCAUCCAACCAAUCUGUGUUGCCGACAGAAGUAGGAAUGAGAUAUUCGCUUAUGUCCAAACCCUUGUCAGGAAUCGUCUUGGAACUGAGGUCUUUAAUUUUGGUUCAGUGCCAUUAAAAACCUAUCUCCCAGAUGGAGAUAUUGAUCUGACAGUCCUAACUCCUCAAGAUAAGGAGGAGGACUUUGCUAAAGCAUUGCUCAGUAUUCUUGAAGCUGAAAGCGGAGAAUCUAACUUCCAUGUUACUGAUGUUCAGUAUGUCCCAGCACAGGUCAAGGUGAUAAAGUGCAAAAUCAAGAACAUUGCUGUAGAUAUCUCCUUUAAUCAAAUGGGAGGACUAUCUGCUUUAUGUUUUCUGGAGCAGGCUGACCAAAUUUUUGGGAGAGACCACCUGUUCAAACGUAGCAUCAUUUUGAUCAAGGCUUGGUGCUAUUAUGAGAGCCGUAUACUCGGUGCCAACACUGGAUUGAUUUCAACAUAUGCAUUGGCAGUACUAGUCUUGCAUAUUAUCAACAUAGGUUAUCCAUCACUGUCUGGCCCUUUAGCGGUACUGUUUAAGUUCUUGGAUUACUAUGCAUCAUUUGAUUGGGGUAAGAACUGUGUCACGGUCCAUGGUCCUGUCCUGAUAUCUUCUCUUCCAGAUAUGACACAAACCGAGAAUCAUGAAGUUGUCUUGAACGAGAAGUUCGUUAGAGAAUGCAUGGAGUCAUAUUCGUUUUCAACUAAAGCAGUUGAAGCAAACGGCCGUCAUUUUCCUGUGAGGUAUUUCAACAUAGUGGAUCCUUUGAAACACAGUAACAACCUUGGCCGUAGUGUGACAAAAGGCAAUGUGCAACGUUUAAAACAUGCUUUUACUCUAGGAGCUAAGAAGCUCAAAGAUGUGCUUACACUGCCUAGAGAAACCAUGGGCUGGAAACUUGAGAAUUUCUUUGGUAAUUCACUGGAGAGAAACGGUAAGGGACAAAGACUAGACGUGGAUGAACCUAUCACGGCUUUUGGCACUGGAAGAUCAGAAGUAUCUGAGCUCAGAGGAGAUUGUGAAAGAUACUUCCAGAGUCUUGUAUAUGGGAAGUGGUUUCAUGGUGAGCCUAAGUUAUGGAUCCCUCAGGGUCAGGACACAAGUUCUUGGGACACUGUGAAUGGCCAAGAGAAUAAUUUCUAUUGGAGGAAUGUGAAUGGAGCAAUCUCGUUGCAGAACAUGGGAAGAUCCAGAGGAACAGGCACUUUCAUUCCUAAAAUGGGACAACAAUCUUAUACAGACAGGUUCGGUAGCCAACCGAGGACAGUGAAGUCAUUGCCUUCAGGGUCUCAGUCUUAACUUUUUAAACAGAAUAUUUAAAUUGAUGUCUUGCCUAAUAACUUAUGUUUAAACAAUGACAAAAAUUUAUUUUUGCAAUGGUUGCUAAACAUGAAUUUCAAGAGGUUGAAGCAGAUGCUUCUUUUCAGGAUUGUA